CCAUUUUUGCCAGGAAAGAGAGCCCGUGGUCACGCCUUGUCCAAAGCAUCCCACGCCAGGGGCUCCCAUCCCUAGCACUCCUGUCCUGAAAGGAAGCCCCUCAGAGGCAAGGUGGGUCCAACCACCUCCCAUGUGUUCACUCAUCACCGUGUUCCAGCAGUCACCCCAGUUAACAGUCCUGAUGGGACUGGAUGUGGCUCAGAAUGUCACCCUCAUGAGCUCUACCCUGCUCCAGCUGCAGUUCUGCAGUGGGAGAAACACAAAACCUCAAAACACAUGCACAGGAAUGAAAAGAGCAAGAGCCAGAGCCCAGACAGGCCAGGUGUGGCAAGGACAGCUGGAGUGCCUAGGUUGGGACUCAGAAUUAUGUCAGUGGGGUGGCAUUGCUGCUGGCACCAGCAUGAUAACAGAGAGCCAGGCCUGCUCAUUUUGGGGAGCAGUGUGUUGGGGAAGGCAGCAGAAAUUGAGAGGCAGGAUUGAGUUUGGCCCUAGGAGGAGGUUGGGUAAAAGGCCAGUGUGGGUUGGAGGGCCUGGGCAGAUAGAGAGAGGCCAGGGCACACCCCAAAGCCUGGAGACUGCACUUGAUGUCCAGGGUUGUGAGACACCACCUCCCCUCUUACUCACAACUGAGAGCAAGAGGCAUUGAUCAGUUCAGUUUGUGUGCGGCUGCAUCCAAGGUGGCUCGGCUAGGCACCUCUGUUUCCUUGACUCAGGAGGCUGGGAGUCCAGGCUCCACUGAGGCUCGGCUGGGAGGAUCAGAGUCUGAGUUCAUGCCUGUGUUCCUGGUAGGAUCCAUGUUGGCUAGCCUCAGUGUUUUUGUAAUGAGAGGAUGGGUGACUGUCAUGUCUUUAUCACAGGACACACUUGCUAAAUGGAUUUGUUUGCUCUGAGGAGGAAAGAGAGAGAGGGAAGUGGUGCUGGAGACAGGGAUGCAGACAGGGGUCAUGGACUUGGCAUAACUCAGUCUUGGAGAUGACAUCCCAUCACCUAUACCCACUUCAAUUCCCAUGAAUCCAGAGGCUGAGCCCCUUGAGGUGAGGGGUGAACUGGUUCUGGCAGCAGGAUGCUGUGGUACCUCGGAGUCUCUGUGAGACCCCAACACUCGACGCACUUGGGCCCUUUGGAAUUCUUAGGAGAAGCCUUGGGAAGUUGUAGGGCAGAGGGGAGCAGCCUCUGCAUCUCAGUCGCCUCCAACUUGCCAUGGUGCAGAGUGGGAACUGCAGCCAGGAUGGGACGGACGUUGGCCACGUCCCUGUGUGGGACACAGGCCUGAUUGAGUUGGGGUGCAUUCUUUGUCUCUCCGCUUCUUGUGAUUGUCCCAUCUCUACGUUUGUGCUUUAGCCACCUGUGAGUCCCAUCUCUGGUUUCAGAGAGCAUAGAGGCUGUUAUGGGCCAAUAGACACAAUAACCCUAGAGAUUAGAUGCUACCCUGCUUUCCAGAAAAGACUGGGCACGCCAUGAGUUGCACAAGGAUGAGACCAGGGUCCAAAAGCUGCUGAGAGGGAAGGACUGGUUGUGAAUGCAUUUUUGAAGGCUCCAAGCUGGAACUCUAGUGGCACCAAGCAGGGCAGAUGCUGGUGGGGGUAUUUGGGUAGUUGUUGGUGAACACAUGCGCACCUUAUAUGGGUAGGCAUGGAGGAGAAAUCAGCAGCCCAUAGGGCUUUUGAAAGUGGUCUUAUGUGAAAAGAGGCUCAGGUAUGGGCACAGGAAAUGACAUCAUCGCCUUGACAAUGGAUCAAACAGAACAUGGAACCCUGGUAUCCAGGCACCCACUUCACUGACCAAGCCAUCCGAGCUCAUUUGGUUGGAGACACUGAAGUGAGAAGGAUGUUCUCCUGUGGUUGCAAACAAUGCCGAACCUCAGGCUCCCAGGAAUCUCAGGGGGGCCCACCAGCCCUUUUGUGGAUACACUGGGGUGAAAAUGAUCAGAACACGGAGGAGCCCUUCAGGGUACAGAGCCUUGAAUCUUCCAGGCAGGACCAGCUUAGGAAUGAGCUCCUGCCUGACAUUUGUGGGAGGAACCUACAUUUCCGCAGCAACAUGGGGUUAAUCUCCUGGGAUUUCAUCCCCACCCAGCAGGUGCUGGAUCUCUUGUUCCCAAGUGCCUCACCUUCCUUCCCGGGGACCUGGGUGAACUUCUACACCGAGGCUUCCCAUCAGCCUCCAGGCUCUCUGAGUCUGCAGCUACUACUGCAAUCCAUGUGGCUCCUUCUGGGUGGCUUGAACCUGGAGCACGAAGCCCACCACCUGCUGGCCCAGACUGAAGAUGGCAAAUCAAGCCAGGCAGAGCCUGAGAGCCAGGCGGACUGGGCUACAAGCUCAGUUCCUGUCACGGCUCCUAAGCCAACCCCAGAGCCAGAGCCUUCUCCCUGGGAAGGGGCAGAGCCGGAGUCCAGGACAUCAGGGGUCUCCACUAGGAGCUCCUCACGGCCCCAGUACAACAAGCGGGUGGGAGGCAGCUGCCUCAUUCACGUCUACCUGGAAAACGAAAGGACAACAAAGUAUAAGAGCAUCCUGGUGACCUGCCAGGACAGGGUUCCAGUCAUUAUCCGCAGGGCCCUAGAUGCACACUUGCUCCAGCAGGAGGAUCCAGAAAACUUUGAGCUUCUGCAAAUUGUCUCGAACCAUCAGAAGCUGAGGAUCCCUGCUGAUGGGAACGUAUAUCACGCCCUGGAUGGCAGAGUGGAUUAUAACUUUCUUCUUCGGGAAACAGCUGCCAGCAAGUGGUCCAAGGUCAAGCCAAAGGAGUUCUUGGAGCCUUCUAUGGCAGUGGCAUCCGGGAUCCCAGCAGCUGUGAGCAGCAGCUCUGCAGUGGCUGCAGGACCAUUGCCCCAGGCCACCCAAAGCAAUGAGUGCUGCAUGAGAAAAGUCACCAGUAGCAGCUCCUCACUGUUUCACUCCAGCGAGCAGGUGGAAGACAGCCGCGUGGUUCACGUCCUCCUAGAGGGACAGAGCCCGAGGGAGACAAAGCGCAUCCUGUUCUCAGAAUCAACCUGCAAGUCCUCCAGGCCGCUUUCCCACAAGCUGGUGGGAGACACCUGCUUAAUUCGUGUCCACUUAGAAACACAAAGUCCAAAGAUGGCCAAGACUGUCCUGGUGACCUGCCAUGAUAGGGCUCCUGUCGUCAUCCGCAGGGCCCUCGAGCUACACUUGCUUACUCAGGAGAAGCCGGAGGAAUAUGAGCUGGGCCAAAUCAUCUCUCACCGUCAGAAGCUGAGGAUUCCAGCGCAGGCCAAUGUAUUUUAUGCAAAGAACCCUCACACAGAACCCAACUUUGUGCUGAGGAAAAGGAGCCUCUCCCAAAAGAAUGAUGAAUGGAUCCAGCCUCAACCUCCCUCUCGUCCUGCAAAGAAGGCUCCAGCCCUCCUGAGGAUGCUUGCAAAACCAUUCUACUGCUGUGUGCCUGGGCGGGGCUGAGGCAGCCCGGGAAUAUUUACAUUGAUUACUAUUUGCUUCAAAGUUUGAACCUAUAGUUUGCCAUUGUCCUUGACCUUGUUUAGUAAGACAGUUGUUACUCUAUCCUGUAUUUGCUGUUUCCAUUAAUAUAUUAUUAUUUUAAAAUAUAUAUAUUUUUUGUUACCUGA